GUAUGGGUCUUACUCUGUGAAGGAAGAUGACAGCCCGGGAGGGGAGCCACCUCUGUGACGAACACUUGCAAGAACUGUGAGGGGCGGCUUUGCGAGCAGCAUUUAUGGUGAUUUAUGGGAGUCAGGGGCUGGCGGAGAGGGAUGUGGAUGCUAUCAGCUCUGUGGAUUAAAUGCCCAUUUACAUUGUUAUUGACAUAUAAAUUAUCUGUGCCAAGGAGACAGUGAGGGAAAGGAUUUCUGGGGCAGUAAUGUGGCACGUGCCCCAGGAUAUGGACUCGUCUUUGCCCAAAUCUGUCCUCUGGGCUCUCAGGAAGCCAGCCUUGGAACUGAAGUAAACCCCCAAGUCCCAGCUCUCACGAUGCCGGCAGCAGCCGCCCUCAUUGCUAAGGCAGCGAUGGCGAGUGAGGUUCCCGAGUGGAUUCUAAGAAGUCUGGAAGACCUUUGAGGAGGUAGCGUGGAUUUCUUUAGCUGGCGGGAGCUUUGUCUGGCGGCGUGUAUGCAUCACUUUUGCCUGGGUUGUUUUCUUCCUCUGUGGAUUUGGAAGCAUCGCUGAAGGAGAGAGGGGAUUUUAUUCCUGGGAAAUGGAAUCGGUUUCUGAGUCCAGCCAACAGCAGAAGAGAAAGCUGGUUACCCAUGGACUGGAAGAUCAAAAGAGGAUCUACACGGACUGGGCCAAUCAUUAUCUUGCCAAAUCAGGCCACAAGCGUCUCAUCAAGGAUCUCCAGCAAGAUGUGACAGACGGCGUCCUCCUGGCGCAGAUUAUCCAGGUUGUAGCGAAUGAAAAGAUUGAAGACAUCAAUGGCUGUCCGAAGAACAGAUCGCAAAUGAUUGAAAACAUAGAUGCCUGCUUGAAUUUCCUGGCAGCUAAGGGAAUUAACAUCCAGGGACUGUCUGCAGAAGAAAUCAGGAAUGGAAACCUCAAGGCCAUUCUAGGCCUCUUCUUCAGCCUCUCCCGGUACAAGCAGCAGCAGCAGCAGCAGCCCCAGAAGCAGCACCUUUCCUCGCCGCUGCCGCCUGCCGUGUCCCAGGUGGCCGGGGCCCCCGCCCAGUGCCAGGCUGGCACUCCUCAGCAACAGGUGCCAGCCAAUCCCCAAGCCCCGUGCCAGCCUCACCAGCCAGCGCCACAUCAGCAGUCAAAAGCACAAGCUGAAAUGCAGUCCAGACUUCCAGGUCCUACCGCAAGGGUAUCCGCUGCAGGCAGCGAGGCCAAAACACGUGGAGGGCCAACCCCCGCUAACAACCGACGCAGUCAGAGCUUUAACAACUAUGACAAGUCCAAACCAGUCACCUCCCCGCCCCUACCGCCACCGCCAAGCAGCCACGAGAAAGAGCCAUCGGCAAGCCCAGCCUCCUCCUACCCCGGAAUGAGCGACCAUGCACCUGCCUCUUCGGAGAGCGGCGGCCCCUCCGCUCCGGCUAACUGCGGCGCCUCCUCGGCCAUCCCGCAGCCCGGCGCCGCCUCCAAGCCCUGGCGCAGCAAGUCGGUCAGCGUGAAGCACGGCGCCACGUCGGCCGUGCUCGCCAUCAAGCAGCCCGUGCCCGAGGCCCCCAGGCCCAGCCCUGAAGCCAUGAAGCCCGCCCCCAGCAAUCAGAAGUCCAUGCUGGAAAAGCUAAAACUUUUCAACAGUAAAGGGGCUUCCAAGGCGGGCGAGGGCCCGGCCCCCCGGGACACGAGCUGUGAGCGGCUCGAGAUGCUGCCCAGCUUCGAAGAGAGCGAAGAGAUCGAGGCGGCGGGCCCCGCCUCCAGCAGCCCCAAGAUUGCGCUCAAGGGCAUCGCCCAGAGGACGUUCAGCCGGGCGCUGACCAGCAAGAAGAGCUCCCCGAAAGGCAGCGAGAAGGAAAGGGAGAAGCAGCAGCGGGAGAAGGAAAAGGAGAAAAGCAAGGACCUCGCCAAGAGAGCCUCUGUGACAGAGAGGCCAGACCUCAAAGAGGGGGCGAAGGAAGACCCCAGUGGGGCAGCCGUGACCGAGAUGCCAAAAAAGUCCUCCAAGAUUGCCAGCUUCAUCCCCAAAGGGGGAAAGCUCAACAGUGCCAAGAAGGAGGCCACAGCCCCUCCCCACAGUGGAAUACCAAAACCAGGGAUGAAGAGCGUGCCCGGGAAGUCCCCAAGUGCCCCUGCCCCCCCCAAGGAGGGGGAGCGGAGCCGGGGUGGGAAGCCGAGCUCGGGGCUCCCGCAGCAGAAGCCCCAGCUGGACGGCAGACACUCCAGUUCCUCCUCCAGCCUGGCGUCCUCAGAAGGAAAAGGCCCAGGCGGAACCACCCUGAACCACAGCAUCAGCAGCCAGACUGUCAGUGGGUCCCUGGGGACCACCCAGACCACGGGAAGCAAUACUGUCAGUGUUCAGCUACCUCAGCCCCAGCAGCAAUACAGCCACCCCAACACUGCCACAGUCGCGCCUUUCCUGUACAGGUCCCAGACAGACACCGAAGGGAACAUUACUGCCGAGUCCAGCUCCGCCGGUGUGAGCAUGGAGCCUAGCCACUACACCAAGAGUGGACAGCCUGCUCUGGAGGAACUCACCGGGGAAGAUCCUGAGGCUCGGCGACUGCGGACAGUGAAGAACAUCGCAGAUCUGCGGCAGAAUCUGGAGGAGACCAUGUCCAGUUUACGAGGAACUCAGGUCACACACAGCACAUUGGAAACCACAUUCGACACCAACGUCACCACGGAGAUAAGCGGGCGCAGUAUCCUCAGCCUGACUGGCAGGCCCACUCCCCUCUCCUGGAGGCUUGGCCAGUCCAGCCCUCGGCUCCAAGCGGGAGACGCCCCCUCUAUGGGCAACGGGUACCCGCCUCGAGCCAACGCCAGCCGGUUCAUCAACACUGAGUCGGGCCGCUAUGUGUACUCUGCUCCUUUGAGGAGGCAGCUGGCCUCCAGGGGCAGCAGCGUCUGCCACGUGGACGUCUCAGACAAGGCCGGAGAUGAGAUGGACCUGGAAGGCAUCAGCAUGGAUGCCCCCGGCUACAUGAGCGAUGGGGACGUUCUGAGCAAGAACAUCCGGACGGAUGACAUCACAAGUGGGUACAUGACCGAUGGUGGACUUGGCCUCUACACCCGCCGCCUGAACCGGCUCCCUGAUGGGAUGGCUGUGGUGCGGGAGACCCUGCAAAGAAAUACCUCCCUGGGCCUCGGAGACGCCGACAGCUGGGAUGACAGCAGCUCCGUCAGCAGUGGGAUCAGCGACACCAUAGACAACCUCAGCACUGAUGACAUCAACACCAGCUCCUCCAUCAGCUCCUAUGCCAACACGCCUGCCUCCUCUCGCAAAAACCUUGAUGUGCAGACCGACGCCGAGAAGCACUCGCAGGUGGAGAGGAAUUCCCUGUGGUCUGGCGAUGACGUCAAGAAGUCAGACGGAGGGUCGGACAGCGGCAUAAAGAUGGAGCCAGGGUCCAAGUGGAGGCGGAACCCCUCGGACGUGUCCGACGAGUCCGACAAGAGCACUUCGGGCAAGAAGAACCCCGUCAUCUCCCAGACAGGCUCGUGGCGGCGAGGCAUGACGGCUCAGGUGGGCAUCACCGUGCCCAGGACGAAGACGGCCGCCCCGGCAGGCACGCUGAAGACCCCAGGAACUGGAAAAACAGACGAUGCAAAGGUGUCUGAGAAAGGAAGGCUUUCGCCCAGAGCCUCCCAGGUGAAGCGCUCCCCGUCAGACGCAGGCCGCAGCAGUGGCGACGAAUCCAAAAAGCCCCUCCCCAGCAGCUCCAGGGCACCCUCUGCCAACGCCAACAGCUUUGGGUUCAAGAAGCAGAGCGGCUCGGCCGCUGGGCUGGCCAUGAUCACAGCCAGCGGGGCCACUGUCACCAGCAGGUCAGCCACACUGGGCAAAAUCCCAAAGUCAUCUGCACUUGUUGGUCGGUCUGCUGGUCGGAAGACGAGCAUGGAUGGGGGUCAGAAUCAGGACGAUGGGUACCUGUCCCUCAGCUCCCGGACAAACUUGCAGUACCGGAGUUUGCCAAGGCCCAGUAAGUCCACCAGCCGAAAUGGGGCCGGGAACAGAUCUAGCACCAGCAGCAUAGAUUCCAACAUCAGCAGCAAGUCAGCAGGCCUGCCGGUGCCCAAGCUGAGGGAGCCUUCCAAGACGGCCCUGGGCAGCUCUCUGCCAGGUCUGGUCAACCAGACGGAUAAGGAGAAAGGCAUCUCAUCGGACAACGAGAGUGUGGCUUCCUGUAACUCAGUGAAGGUGACCCCGGCAGCGCAGCCUGUGUCCAGCGCCGCUCAGGCCACUCUCCAGCCAGGGGCCAAGUACCCUGAUGUGGCCUCUCCCACACUCCGCAGACUCUUUGGUGGGAAGCCUACCAAGCAAGUGCCCAUCUCCACAGCUGAAAACAUGAAAAAUUCAGUGGUCAUCUCCAAUCCUCAUGCCACCUUGACCCAGCAAGGUAACCUAGAAUCCCCCUCAGGCAGCGGCGUCCUGAGCAGCGGGGGCAGCAGUCCUCUCUACAGUAAGAACGUGGACAUCAACCAGUCUCCUCUAGCCUCCAGCCCCAGCUCAGCCCACUCAGGCCCCUCCAACAGUCUCACCUGGGGCACCAAUGCCAGCAGCUCCUCGGCAGUGAGCAAGGAUGGCCUGGGCUUCCAGUCCGUCAGCAGCCUCCACACCAGCUGUGAGUCCAUUGACAUCUCCCUCAGCAGUGGAGGGGGGCUGAGUCACAACUCCUCCACUGGCCUCCUUGCCGCCUCGAAGGACGACCCCCUGACUCCCUUUGUCAGAACCAACAGUGUGAAGACCACACUGUCAGAAAGGUAUACUCCCACCUCCCAGCUUCGCACACAAGAAGAUGCAAAAGAAUGGUUACGGUCCCACUCAGCAGGAGGCCUGCAGGACACCGCCGCCAAUUCACCUUUUUCCUCUGGCUCUAGUGUAACUUCUCCCUCCGGAACAAGAUUCAACUUUUCCCAGCUUGCGAGUCCCACCACUGUCACUCAGAUGAGCUUGUCCAACCCGACCAUGCUGAGAACCCACAGCCUCUCCAACGCUGAUGGGCAGUAUGACCCGUACACUGACAGCCGCUUCCGCAACAGCUCCAUGUCCCUGGAUGAGAAGAGCAGAACCAUGAGCCGCUCGGGCUCCUUCCGGGAUGGGUUUGAAGAAGUUCACGGAUCUUCGCUGUCCUUGGUUUCCAGCACGUCAUCCAUUUAUUCUACACCAGAAGAAAAAUGCCAGUCAGAGAUUCGCAAACUCCGGCGAGAGCUGGAUGCCUCCCAGGAAAAAGUUUCAGCUCUGACCACCCAGCUGACAGCAAACGCUCACCUCGUGGCAGCCUUUGAACAGAGUCUUGGAAACAUGACCAUCAGGCUCCAGAGUUUGACCAUGACGGCCGAGCAAAAGGAUUCAGAACUGAAUGAGUUAAGGAAAACCAUUGAGCUGCUGAAGAAACAGAACGCAGCUGCCCAGGCUGCCAUUAAUGGAGUCAUUAACACCCCGGAGCUCAACUGCAAAGGAAACGGUACCUCCCAGUCUGCAGACCUGCGCAUCCGCAGACAGCACUCCUCUGACAGCGUCUCCAGCAUCAACAGCGCCACCAGCCACUCCAGCGUGGGCAGCAACAUUGAGAGUGAUUCCAAGAAAAAGAAGAGAAAGAACUGGUUACGCAGCUCCUUCAAGCAAGCUUUCGGGAAGAAGAAGUCACCCAAGUCGGCGUCCUCUCAUUCAGACAUCGAGGAGAUGACAGAUUCUUCUCUGCCUUCCUCACCAAAGUUACCACACAACGGGUCCACGGGUUCCACUCCGCUGCUGAGGAACUCUCAUUCCAACUCUCUAAUUUCGGAGUGCAUGGACAGUGAAGCCGAGACGGUCAUGCAGCUCCGAAAUGAGCUUCGAGACAAGGAGAUGAAGCUGACAGACAUUCGCCUAGAAGCCCUCAGCUCUGCACACCAGCUCGACCAGCUCCGGGAGGCCAUGAACAGGAUGCAGAGUGAAAUAGAGAAGCUGAAGGCUGAGAAUGACCGGCUGAAGUCGGAGUCUCAAGGCAGUGGCUGCAGUCGGGCACCCUCCCAGGUGUCCCUCUCUGCCUCCCCGAGGCAGUCCAUGGGCCUCUCCCAGCACAGCCUGAACCUCACUGAGUCAACCAGCCUGGACAUGUUGCUGGAUGACACUGGUGAAUGCUCGGCUCGGAAGGAAGGAGGCAGGCAUGUUAAGAUAGUUGUCAGCUUUCAGGAGGAAAUGAAGUGGAAGGAGGAUUCCAGACCGCACGUCUUUCUUAUUGGCUGCAUUGGAGUUAGUGGCAAGACGAAGUGGGAUGUGCUCGAUGGGGUGGUUAGACGGCUGUUCAAAGAAUACAUCGUUCAUGUCGACCCAGUGAGUCAGCUCGGGCUGAACUCAGACAGUGUCCUGGGCUACAGCAUUGGGGAGAUCCGGCGCAGCACCGCCUCCGAGACCCCUGAGCUGCUGCCCUGUGGCUACCUGGUGGGCGAGAACACCACCAUCUCUGUGACCGUCAAAGGGCUCGCGGAGAACAGCCUGGACGCGCUGGUGUUCGAGUCCCUGAUCCCCAAGCCCAUCCUGCAGCGCUACGUGUCCCUGCUGGUGGAGCACCGGCGGAUCAUCCUGUCCGGCCCGAGCGGCACCGGGAAAACCUACCUGGCCAACCGGCUGUCGGAGUACCUGGUGCUCCGGGAGGGGCGGGAGCUGACAGACGGGGUCAUCGCCACCUUCAGUGUGGACCACAAGUCCAGCAAGGAGUUGCGCCAGUACCUGUGCAACCUCGCCGACCAGUGCACCAGCGAGAACAACGCUGUGGACAUGCCUCUCGUCAUCAUCCUGGACAACCUGCAUCACGUCAGCUCCCUGGGCGAGAUCUUCAACGGGCUGCUCAACUGCAAGGACCACAAAUGCCCUUACAUAAUCGGCACAAUGAACCAGGCUACCUCGUCCACUCCCAACCUGCAGCUGCAUCACAACUUCAGGUGGGUGCUUUGUGCCAACCACACGGAGCCCGUGAAGGGUUUCCUUGGCCGGUUCCUGAGGCGGAAGCUCGUGGAAACAGAGAUCAGUGGGCGGGUGCGGAAUGUGGAGCUGGUGAAAAUCAUCGACUGGAUUCCCAAGGUCUGGCAUCACCUCAACCGCUUCCUGGAGGCUCACAGCUCCUCGGACGUCACCAUAGGCCCCCGGCUCUUCCUGUCGUGCCCCAUUGACGUGGACGGCUCCAGGGUGUGGUUCACCGACUUGUGGAACUACUCCAUCAUCCCCUACCUCCUAGAAGCCGUCAGGGAAGGACUCCAGCUCUAUGGAAGGCGGGCCCCCUGGGAGGAUCCCGCCAAGUGGGUGAUGGACACGUACCCUUGGGCAGCCAGCCCACAGCAGCACGAGUGGCCUCCCCUACUGCAGCUCCGGCCCGAGGAUGUCGGCUUCGACGGCUACUCCAUGCCUCGGGAGGGGUCAACGAGCAAGCCGAUGCCCCCCAGCGAUGCUGAAGGAGACCCGCUGAUGAACAUGCUGAUGAGGCUGCAGGAGGCAGCCAACUACUCCAGCCCCCAGAGCUACGACAGCGACUCCAACAGCAACAGCCAUCACGACGACAUCCUGGACUCGUCCCUGGAGUCGACUCUGUGACAGGGUCCCGGCUGUGGAGCCAGCCCACCUCCCCCUCUCCUCGCCCCACUCCGCCUACAUCCUCUGCACCAUCCUGAAGAUGCCCUCCUGAGCCAGCCCCCAGCCACAGCCUGAGAGCUGCAAGGGACACUGAGACCCCUCAUCCUCCAGCCUUCACCUGGGUGCCACAGCCCCGGCCAGCCGCCUCGGGACCACUUCCCUGCACAGUGAGAACUGCACUACCAUCUGUUUUAUUUUAAUUGUUGUUUUGCCUUGUUGCUGUGACCUCCCUAAGAGACUGAAGAUACUUCUCGGGAAAGGAUCAUCACUGUUGAAAGGAAAAGAAUAUAAAAAAGAACCCACCUGAAGCUUUGAAACCAAACAGCAUCCUGCCACAAGCUGCCCAGAGACAGGAGAGGCUGGAGCGCAGUCGGAAACGUAGACAGCACGGCUUCCCCUCCGCACGGACCCUCCAGACCGGGUCUUCUGCCAGCGCCCCCACAUCCACGCCAACCCGCCCUUCCACCCAGCCGGCCACAGACAGAACUGGUGCUAGCCAGGACACUUUUUGGUCCCUCAACAAAUCACAGAGCUACAGUGCAGGGAAACCUUAGGAAAAAGCAAAUCGUGCUUUCUGUUCAGUUUUUUAAAUGGUGCUCUCCUCGCCCGAGAGGUAUUUUGCCUGUCCCAGAUCAACCACCCCUUUUAGGUCCAUCAGCCUCCGAUUUACCCACGACAGUGAGUGAAGGAGUGAGAAUGUGUGCGAGCGGAUGCGGCUCUAAUGCGGAACAGCAUGUGUCUGCUUCCUUCUUAGAUGUGAGUGAGUCAGGUUCUCUUUCUGCCGACACUGUGUACAGUGUGAGUUGGUCUGCCUUGGAGAACUGAUCACCCCUUUGAAAACAACAUUGAGUUUCCCCCUUUCAGACUCUUUGAUUUUGAAGAUUCUUCUCCUUCCCCUCCUGGUCAGAAUCAGUCCUUUGGUGAAAGUGAGGCCCGCAGGAGUUGAGUUUUGGUUUGGUCCUGCUGAGUUUGGAUUUUCAGUUGUCCAUCCUCACAGUUCUGCACACUCGCCUCCCCUCGCUGGGGUUGGGGCUGGUCGCGUCCGUAAAGUGGACCAGGACGCCAUCCCUACCAGGCCGAUGAGCCGACCUUGCCUUUCCUUCCCAUCCUCGAGGCUUCAGAACGCACGUCGACACCUCGAGCGCCAGCCCCAACCUCAGCCAGGGUGGGGAGGUCACCUCGAGAAAUGCUUGCACUUUCCUCAGAACCAACAGGACGCAACUCAACAAGGGGGCCGCCCAUUCCCUUCCAGAAGCUCCAGCCCCGGCCCCUGUCCAGACGAGCCUUGCCUGACCUCUUUGGUGCUGACCUUCCCAAAGCGAUGCCUUACUGGUUUUGUACUAACCGUGUCCAUUUCUGAGUGUCGUGCCUGCCUGGGGUCCGGUCUUUUGUUUCCCCAUCAGCGCAAACAGGGCUAAGAAGUCAUCUGCUCAUUAGGAGAAUGCAAGUCGCUGUGACUUUUCUCAUCCAGUAGACUCGUUUGUGUGGAUGGGUGACCAUGGGAAAAAAGAAAAAAGGAAAAAAAAAAAAUCCAAUUUUUAGGUUCUCAUCAGUCUCCAGCUCACACCCUGACUGGACAAUGAUCUGUCUUGUGCAGGAAAAGGCAAAAGUUCCUCCAGGUCUACGUAACAUGGGUGAGACAUGCCUGCUAGGAUGUGUCUUCAACAUACUGGUGUUUUCUUUACAGGGUGUGGUAAAUCUUUGAGUUGUUUGUUUCUGUUUUAUAAAGAGAAUCCUUAUUGGACCCCAGUGGGGGUGUCUCUGUUAAUGAUCAGGGUUUUUAUUGCAUCUUUUACAUUACUGUUUCUGAAGGUCCAUCUCUCUACAUUUUUUCUUACUUUCUUCCCACAAGAGGGUUGACCUGAAACUGCUCACAUUACAUUGGAUGACACCAUUUUCUUCCUCGAAAGGAAAAGGGGAAUGCGUCCCGAUAACUGGGGAAACCUGUCCAUCCUGUCCCUGCUGUAACCUUGGUAAACUCAGACUCCUGCUCAGCCUUCGUGAGCCAUCUGGGUGUGUGAGUGUGUCCUGUUCUGUUCUGUUUUUCAUAAAAUUUUUGAACCAUAUAUUUAGCCUGUGACCACGGGCCACACCCUGAGCCUUCUGGUAAACCUGAAGAGUGGUCCUUCUCAGUUGAUCUCCCAGUGAUGACCUUACACGCUCAUACUGUGAAUUUGGGAGGAGGUAAAAUUGACUUCUCCUCUCGGGCAGUUUUUCCAGUCACCUUGUGAGUAGACACUGCAGUAUUGUUGGAAACUUUUUUUUUUUUUUUAAUGACGUCUUCUCUUCUCCCCUCUCCCCCAGACUUCCCUCCCACUGGGUCCAGGCUCAGGACCGAGACCUCUGUCCCCGGUGCUGCCUGACUAGUGACGGGUGACUUCAAGUGGUGUCACCCUCGUACGAUUCGCAGCUCAUUGUCCUUCCUACAGUCUCGGGAAGCAGGGUUGUCUGAUGUGCACAUUUCUUAUUUUGGUCACAUUUUACUUCUGUGUCACUCACCGUUGACAAAGUAACUUUGUACUCGUUUAGGGCUCUGUCCGAAAUGCUUCCAUUUUGCCUUUUUCUACAGUUAGGCUAAUUUUGAAAUGUAUGAAAUUCUAUGCAACAUUUAUGUUGAGUUACCGAUGGAAGCCAAAAGUUUUCUUCCCAAACUGCCAAGAAUUAUCCAGGCCAUAAAUGAGAUGGGGAUACCGUUUAAUGUAAGGUUGGGG